GCAGCACGCUGAUUGGUCGAUUACGAGGGGAAUACAAAUGUUACGCAGGUGCUCGCGUGUUUGUAAACAAUACAAACGUAGCCAGGCUUUGUUUUUUGAUAUUUUGACCCCAUUCAUGAGCACAAAGAAAAAUAAGAUCCACGUUUUUCAUUCAUGGACUUUAAGGAAUAUGUCUUGGAGGGAAACGAACGUUAUCAAAAUGGCCACUAGGACUUCGCCCAGACGCUGUGUCUUGCAAAGAAGACUUACUACGGAGCAAAGAAGUGAUAAUUGUGGUAAAGCUCGAAGAUCUUGCAAAUACGACGAACAGCUUGAUCGAUCAGGAAUCGUUGACGACAGCGUUGUACGUGCUAAUUCUACAAGUUCCUGCCAACCCAGGGCAAAGCGAUCUUGCAAUGUCCAUAGAUUGCGACGAAUGAGCGUACAAACAGGUCAUCCAACAACUCCAUAUUUCCAAUGUCGGUUACCCGAUGAAGUGUUGCUCAAUCUGUUCAGCUUUUUGCUAGCAAAGGAUAUUUGCAGAUUAGCAUGUGUCUGCAAAAGAUUUGUCAAGAUUUGCCAGGACUCAACAUUAUGGGAAAAACUUUACAAAAGAACUUUUGGACUGGAUUAUAUUCUCAGAAAUGAUGAACAAACUCGGGGGUUGUAUGAAAAAAUGCCACCUGGAGAUGUAAUGAAAGAUUCAUGGCGUGAGGCUUUCACUUCUUUCUAUCAAUCACAUCAUGUUGUUUCCAGUGAUUCACAGAAGGCAUGUGAAGAUCUUAAGUAUCACAGUAGUCUCAAAGAGGCAAUUACGUCCGUCCCUGAGAAUGGAACAAUCAUUAUUCACCCUGGGAUCUAUAGAGAGGAGCUUGUAGUCAAGAAACAAGUUACUAUCAUUGGGACAGGUUUUGAGGAGAAGCCUCAAGUUACACUCGAAGGAUCGAAUGCCACUGUUCUUAAAUUUCUCCCUGGAUCGGGCGCGUCCUACGUACGAAAUAUCAACGUCAAAUAUGUCAGCGGUGAUAGUUUGUCGUGUCGUCCCAGCUGCAUUGAAGUCGGCCCCGACUGCAGUACGAUUAUACACCGAUGUGUCGUCGUUAGCAAAGCAAUUGCUGGUUCAACAGUAUAUGUUCAUGGUCAGACGGCAAGACCACGAGUGAUCAAUUGUUCCAUCACAGAUUCCGAGAAUGUUGGAAUAUUCAUCAACAACAACGGCCAGGGCAUUUAUGAAAGCAACGACAUCAGCAAUAAUAAGUUGGCUGGAGUGUGGGUGAAAAACGGCGCCAAUCCUAUCAUGAGAAACAACAAAGUACAUCAUGGUCGAGAUGUUGGCUUCUUUAUCUUUGAUAAUGGUCAGGGCUACUACGAUGGCAAUGAUGUCUUCAGCAACAGGAUAGCAGGAUAUGAAGUACGUACAGGUGGAAACCCAACCGUAGUGCGAUGUAAGAUACACCAUGGUCUCACAGGAGGGAUUUAUGUUCAUGACGAGGGUCGUGGCCAAUUUUUAGAGAAUAAAAUUUAUGCCAACACUUUCGCGGGAGUUUGGGUGACAUCAAGAAGUAAUCCGACUAUUAGAGAAAACGAGAUUUUCAGUGGACAACAAGGAGGGGUUUAUGUGUUUGGUGAAGGUCGAGGAGUUAUAGAAAGAAACAACAUUCACAGCAACGCUCUGGCUGGAAUACAAAUUCGUUCCCAAAGCAAUCCUGUUGUUCGCCAUAACAAAAUACAUCAUGGACUUCAUGGUGGAAUAUAUGUGCAUGAAAGAGGACUGGGUUUGAUUGAAAAUAACGAGAUUUAUUCAAAUACUUUGGCGGGAAUUUGGGUGACCACAGGCAGCUCUCCAGUGAUGAGAAAUAACAGAAUCCACAGUGGAAAACAAGUUGGGGUAUAUUUCUACGACAACGGCAACGGUAUUCUUGAAGACAAUGAAAUAUUCAAUCACAAAUACUCAGGAAUACAGAUAAGGACAUCAAGCAAUCCUGUUAUCAGACGAAAUAAGAUAUGGGGAGGUCAAAAUGGUGGUAUCUUGGUUUACAAUCAAGGUCAUGGCUUACUGGAAGAAAACGAGAUAUUUGACAAUGCCAUGGCUGGUGUUUGGAUUAAAACUGAGAGCGAUCCGAUAUUGAGACGAAAUAAGAUCCACGAUGGACAGGAGGGUGGGAUAUGUAUAUUUAAUGGGGGUAAAGGAUUACUAGAAAACAACGACAUUUUUAGAAACGCAUUAACAGGCGUUCUCAUAAGUACCUCAAGUUUUCCUGUUCUUCGUUCUAAUCGAAUCUUCGAAGGGGGGACAAGUGGAAUCGAAAUUACUAAUAACGCAGGUGGAAUUUUAGAGUCGAACGAAAUUUUCAACAACAAAUUUAGCGGCAUUUGUUUGGCAUCCGGCGUGAAACCACAGCUCUCAAAAAAUAUCGUCUAUGACAACAAAGAAAUCAUAAAAUCUGCUGUGGAAUCAGGCUGUUGUUUGUACACAAUCUCUGGGAACUCAUGUUAUCCUAUGAACGACUUCUACAGGUGUAAUACAUGUGGCAGAUUGGAAAAUUAUGCAAUAUGUGUCAAUUGUAUCAAGACCUGUCACCAAGGACAUGAUGUAGAGUUUGUACGUAGAGAUAGAUUUUUCUGUGAUUGCGGUGCCGGCAGUACGAGAGCUUCGUGUCAAGUGCUUGCCAAGGACGAGCACACUCAGACGACGAAACACCAGAACGAGUCACGUGUCAACUCGCGCUACGGCAAUGACGUCAUCCCGCGUGAAUGGCCAAAUUUUGAGCACGCUACUAAAGCGAAUGCGAGCACGCAACGGCCCUGAACGUGAUAAACAGAAGAGCUUGCGAAACGUCCUCACAAUAGCCAAUUGAUGCGCGAAUCGUUGUCUUGGUGGGUGGUUGGCCUUUGCUAACAAUUCCAGUGUUAAUCUGACUGAAUGUGGUUGUUUCUGCUGUCAUCACUUCUCACCCACCUCCACAGGCCGAUUGCGCACACCUCUCACGAUCUUUCAAAUUCUGGUGGGGUCAGAAUCAGAAAGCCCCCCCAAAGGGCACUCAGCCAGCCACACAUGCAUAGAUAUAUAAUGAAAGCGCCGUAUUUAAUACAACCAAUACUAUGUAAUAUACAUUAUUUAUUUGGAGAUAAAUUAAGAUUAAUAUAAUUAUGUCGGUAAAUACCAAGUUUCUUCACUGUAAAU